AUGAUUGUAGGUAGUGAUCAACCACUAUACGAAGUGAAGUUAGAGCAUACUAGAAGGGAAAGUGACGCCUUGAAUUUUUUAAAAUUAAUUUGGAAUAAGAUUUCCAUAUUUCCUAAUGAUGAGAUUGAACAGAUACUCCAAGGACCACCUUUGGAAAUUGAAAAGGAGAAACAUAAAAGAAUAAUCUAUCCUUCCCGGGUACUUUUUGCUGCUGCAAAAGUGGGUAAUGUGAGAUUCAUUAUCGUGAUUCUUCAGUCAUAUCCAGAUCUAAUAUGGACGGUAGAUGACAAAGGGCUGACUAUAUUUCACAUUGCUGUUAAACAUCGACAAGUAAAUGUCUAUAAUUUGUUAUAUGAGAUUGGCCCAAUCAAAGAGCAAAUAACAACCAUUGAAGACGAAAAUGGGAACAAUAUGUUGCACUUACUUUCGGAGACUAUUGGGCCAAAACAAUUUCAGAAGCUACCGGGAGUCGCUCUACAAAUGCAACAGGAGUUAAUAUGGUUCGAGGAAGUAAAGCAGAUGAUACCUCUUGCUUAUAGACAAAGGAAGAACAAACAAGGUGAAACACCACAUGAAAUAUUCACAAAGUGCCAUGAAAAACUAGUUGUCGAUGGUGAGAAGUGGAUGAAGGAAACAGCACCGCAGUGUAUGGUGGUUGCCGCUCUAGUAGCAACCGUAGUAUUUGCAGCUGCGUUUACACUUCCGGGUGGCUAUGAUCAAGACUCUGGUCUUCCUAUGUUUAUCCAAAAAUUGGCCCUCACGGUUUUUGUGAUAGCAGAUGCCAUUUCAUUAAUAUCAUCUUGUACCUCGAUUCUCUUCAUGCUAUCUUUGUUCAUAAGUCGUUAUUCAGAACAAGAUUUCUUGGAAACGUUGCCCAAAAAGCUGUUUGCCGGUCUUGGAGCACUCUUUCUCUCUGUUGCGGCCAUGAUGAUUGCAUAUUGUGCAAGCUUCUUCCUACUUUAUAAUAAAAAUUUUAAAUGGGUACCAAUCCUGAUCACAUCAUUUUCAUUCCUCGUAGUCGAAGUUGUUGCCUUUAUGCAAAUGCAACUUCAACUUGAUGUAUUUCUGCUGACAUAUAGCUCAAGAUACCUCUUUAAGCCCACGAAACGUAAGCUAUACUUUUGAAAUCACUGUAAUAUCUUCUUCAAUGAUGUGCAAUUUAC